AUGGACUCUUCACAGCCAAAGUGGGUGAUUGAACUCAACAACGGUCUUCCUCAGAAGCCGAAAAAUGCCAGCAGCAUCCCAGACCCUCCAGGCUUCGCCACCUCGAAAUCAGUGACAGGAAAGCAGAAAUCUCAAGUAGCCGCAAGGAAGACGCCGACACCAGAAGAAACCGAGACGUUGAAACUCAAAAAGGCCUGGGAAGUCGCACUCGGUCCUGCGAAGCAGAUCCCAAUGCAAGCUAUCAUGGGCUAUAUGUCUGGGAACUCGCUCCAGAUUUUCUCAAUCAUGAUGGUCGCUAUGCUGUUCAAGAACCCUAUCCAAGCCAUCGCGCAGACAAACAUGGCCUUCUCCCGUUUCGAGAGCCCAGGAACACGAUCGCAGAUGCUGGGAGUCAAAGCAGUGUAUAUUCUAAUGCAAUGUCUGCUGCUUGGUUUGGGAGUAUACAAAGUGCACAGUAUGGGCCUGUUGCCUACCACAAGAAGCGAUUGGUUGGCCUGGGAAUUCGAAAGACAACCGCUCGAAAGAGCUUAUUUUGCGUCUGGAAGAUGA